AUGUUUAAUAAUGAAGCUAUGUCAUUUGAACCGAACAGAGUGUUUGGGGCUGAGUCCCCGGGCUGGGCUUUCCGAAAGAACUUCGGUCUUUCCAAAUUUCAGGAAAAAGGGUUUUUGGAGAAUGACAAGCUCAUCAUUGAAGUUUACCUUGAUGUUGUUGAAGCUCUUGAUAGAGAAGGCAGAGAUGUAUUAGAGAAGAAGAAGAAGGAAAUUGUGGAUAUCAACGGUUUUCGAGUUUUUGCUUCUCAAGUUACUCUAGUGAGGCAGAUAUUCUCAGACCACUCAGACAUUGCAGAAGAUUUCAAACCAAAGAAUCAAGUGGUGAAGACAGAAUACAUGAAUGUUCUCCUUGGCCUCAUUGAGACACUAAACAAGCCUCUACAUAGUCUCUCGGAGACUGAAAUAAGCGACGCUCGCAGCGAGUUGAGUGAGCUGAUGGACGAAGGUUUCAAGCUGGAGUGGUUGAAGAAAAAGCUUGAGAAAGUUUCCUUGGAGAGGAAUAAGAAAUCAGAUGGUGUUGUUGAUGGGACUAGUGUCCAAAAACUUGAGGAACGCGUCAAGAAUUUUGAGCUGAUGGAUUUGGGAAGCUUGAAGUUAAAGCUUGAUAAGGUUUCAUUGGAGAGGAAGAAAGCAGAUGAUGCUGAUGUGUCUCGGAUCCAACAACCCGAGGAAAGCGUCAAGAAACUUGAGCUGAUUGUGUCAGAUCUCAAAGAUGAACUGGAAAAGGAGAAGGCCAAAUCAUCUGAUGCUGGUUAUUUACACUGGGGGUGGGACGAUUCCGGAUAUCCUGGAAUUUCAGAGUAUCCGGAUCUGAAAUCGUCGGAUCCGUGA